AUGAAGCUCCGUAAGCUAUACGGCCUGGUCAAAAAAACGUACUAUGAAAAGAGAAAGGAUUUUAUUCUUUACCUUUUCUUUUUGUUGAUUCCGUUCCUGUUAGUAUCAUUUCAUUUGUUCCUUAGGAAUAUCAGCUACAAGUACUCCCUCGAGAUUUACAACAACUUCUCCGAAAAUGAUAAAAUAGAUUUGAAUGACACCAUCAGGCAGUACGUGUUAUUUUUGAGCAACCAGCUGUGCUCCAGAGAAAUUGGCGAAGACGUGUACGUGAACCACAUCUGCCUGACGCCGGACGACGACCUCUCCAGGGCCUUCCUCGCCUACGCCAAUGAGAAUGACCUGAACAUAUUUCGCGUGUACAGCAGCGAGGAGGAGUGCCUACAGAAUUUAAAGUAUGCCAUUCAACUUAGAGAAAACGAUUUGGCCAGCUCGAGCCGCAGACCCGGUGGAGAGAGCCCAUGCGAGAACCUGUCCCUAUUAGUGCACUCUUUUAAGAAUAAUUUGAAACGGGGUGAGUCCAUAACCUUGGAGGAGCUGUACCGAGAUGUGCACCCAGAAACGGAAUAUAACGUUCUGGUAAAGUUACAGUUUGAUGAGGAGACCCUGAGACAGGUCAAAAGGACGGAGUUAUACAGAUCCUUCAUUAGGGACAUAAAAAAACUGAAAGAUGAAAGCAGCCACAAUGCCUACUUCAAGGACGAGCGGAGGAAAUUGUUCUUCUUUAAUUUCGUGAAGAAUAACUUGAUUGAGACAAACAGAGCUUGCGGUUUGCUCGGUAUUGAAAAUGUAAGUCACCUGGGAAAACAGAACCGGCUGCGCUUCUCCUACGUUUUCGGGAGGAAGCCCAGCGGGCGCACCGGGGGGGCCAAAGAGCGGGCCAACGGGGCGAGUCAUACGGGUGAUACUAACACAGUCAAUAUGGAUAGCCAUACUAAUGAUAGUAGCGUAGUAAAGGUAGUUAACUAUAGCGGUCUGGCCAAGCCCACUAGCCAAACGAACCAUGGGACAGCCCUGCAAAAUGAGAGGGACGUCAUCACCAGCGUCAGUUACAAAAUCCGAGUGGGGGACCACGCGCUGCUGACGUCUAGCGAGAAUUACUUCUUUAAUGACAUAAACAUAAAUCUGAAGCAGAACUUCGUAAAUUUCAACACCGUCGACGAUUUGUCAUUAAACGUCUACUUCAACGAGUGGUACUACAGCAGCUUCUUCAUUGUGCUGGAGUAUCACUUUAAUUUAUUCAUGCUGAAGUAUAAUGGGCAGCUUGGGGGGCACGCCCAGCCACUCUCCACCGCUACACUUACCACUACAUCAACCGCCAAACCGACCGCUACCACGACCACAUCUACCUCCUCACUCCACCUGAACGAGUUCUUCCUGCUCAAGAUGCCCAUGAGGAGCAUGAAGAUAAACGCCUUCGAAACAUUCGAAAAAAAUAUCUUCCGCGUCGUGAUGUUCUUGUGUGUUUGCCUCUUUAUAGUGAAUAUCUGCUUCGAUAUCAACAAGGAGAGGAAGGUUAACAUGGAGAACUUCCUCUUCUGCCUGAAGAUAAAUAAGUACUAUUACUACUUCUCCUGGCUCCUCUUCUAUUUCAUCGUCAUCUUUUUUUAUAACAUUCUUUUUACCUAUGUCAUAUAUGCAUACAUCUACAAAAGGAUGGUCAAUUUUUUUAUGUUAUUUCUCUAUAUGUAUAUGUUCAUAGUGAAUAGCUUACUUUUUACAGUUAUUUGCAUGCACUUCUCCGACAAUAAUGCGAUAAAUUACAUUGCUUCUUUUUUGAUUUUUUUUUUAUUUUCUUCUUUCCGUUUGAUUAUUCACUCAGGAGUGGGACGCGUGUUGUCUUUCUUCGUGUUGUUAAUCCCCCAUGCAUCCUUCUGUUUGGCCUUAGAUUUCAUUUUUAUCCUAAUUAAGAAUGGCAUUCAAAUUAGUUACUCCGAGAUGUUUAUUAAAUUUGAGAGUAUUUGUUUAAUGCACCUUUUGCUUUACUCUGUUUUUUCCUUCAUCCUUUUGACGUGCAUUCUCACCUGCAUGAUACACUACCGAAACAGGCACCAGGGCAAGCUCUACAUGAGGAGGGGAACUUCCCUUCAAAUGGGGCGAAGUGGGAGAAGCGGAAGAAGUGCACUAAGUGGGAGAAGUGGACAAAGCGGACCAAGUGGACAAAGGGGACCAAGUGGACAAAGCGGAUGCAGUGACAGGGAAUGCUUCAUGCUGGAGCUGACCGACGGCGCCCCCGAGCAGGACCAGCAGAACAAGCAGAAUGGGCACAAGCGGGAGAAGCAACAGCGGAGUGACACGAGUGAAGCACUCCAACCGAGUGAAGCACUCCAACCCAGUGAGAAGAGGCGGAAGAGGCGGGCCCCACUCCGCGCCGUGAGAAAAACCCAAUUCGGGCGCCGCCGCCCCGCGGGGCAGCAGGAACACUCCGCCGCUGCCUCUUCUGCCGCGGCCCCACCCACUCACUGCUACCUAGUGAUCAAAAAUGUGAACAAGACAUACGGCCGAAAGCAAGUGCUGAAAAAUGUGUCGCUCACCCUGCGCAGUAAUCGGAUAUUCGUUCUGCUGGGGGAAAACGGCUCGGGGAAGUCCACCCUCAUUAACAUCAUAACGGAGAUGAUCACAAAGGACGGGGGGGAAAUACAGUUCGUCAAGAGGGGUGGAAGCAGCGUGGGAAGUAGCCUGGGAAGAAGCCCUGGAGGCCCCCUCGGAAUGACCCCCCACCGACUCCAGAAAGGGCCCAAUUCCCCCCUACGGAGACCCAUAGGAAGAAGAGCCCAUCAAAGCAAGGACGAAAUAAAAAUCAGCUACUGCAGCCAGAAUGUAAUCCUUUACGAUAACCUCACCUUCUACGAAACCAUCGUCAUAUUCCUCCUCUACUACAACAAAGAUGUGGAAACAUUCCUGAAGAAAAAAAGAACCCGCAAAAUUAUGAACGAUCUGGAUCUAGCAAAGUAUCUUAAUCAUAAAAUUAAGAAUCUGAUCGAUGAUGUGAAGAAGAAGAUCUCCAUCUUCAUCUGCUUUCUGGUGAAGAGAGACGUGUACAUUCUGGAUGAGCCCUUCAUUGCAUUGGACAUUAAGACCAAGACGAAGCUUUUUAAGUUCUUUGAGAAAAUUAAAAAAAAUAAUAUCAUUUUUAUCUGCACCCAUGAUAUCUACGAGGCAAACAAUUUCGCCAACGACAUCGCAGUGAUUAAGAGUGGGGAGAUCAUCUUCAACGGGACGAAGAGGCAAUUUCAGAAGCUUAUCGAUUAUAAGUUCGUUUUGAAUGUUCGGUUUAGGGACCCGGGGGGGGAGCACAGCCCAAAUGCAGGCAACGACCUGGAGGACAUACAAAGUGGAGGCAGCCAUGUCGGGGCCCUCCAAAAUGAAGGCAGCCACGUCGGGGGCAACCACGUCCGGAACACCCCCAGUGGAGGCACCCUCUUCGACUUCUUAAUCGACCACACUGCGUCGAGUAACACCCCAGAGACGAUUAAACAAAAUAUUAUCCACUUCGUAAAAAGCGUUAGAGAAGAAAACAAAACCUGUUUCAUCUUUUUCAACUCUAGUCACGUGUACUGUACCUACAAGAUAGACGAGACGGAGUCGAUGAAGAAGCUCCUCUACGUCUUAAAACGCUUCAGGAAUAUCCUUACGUAUGAGCUAAAAACCAUAGACAUUUACUACACGUACAUCUAUAUUUACACAUAUCAUGAGAAGAAGAGUCUUUUGAAAAACGUCCAAGAUAGAGAUCUUCGAAAUUUGAUCAAAAUGGAUCCUCUCUUUUAUCUUUUUUUCGAUAACGUUAGAUACUUUAAUGAGUUGAAUAGCAAUCUAGCCAUUUUGGGUGAUCCCCCUGGGGGUGGUGGUGCAUCUUCCCCCCCCGAUCUGGGCUACCUCAGGGAUAUCCUUAUUAGGGGGGCAAAUGGGCGAGGUGGAAAGGGGGAACAACAGGUUGAGAAGACGAGCUCAACGGCUCCGACAAAGAAGACUAACUUUUCCGCUCCCACGCAGAAAAAGACGUCCCACCUGACCAGGCGUCUGGCCAACUUCCUCUCAACGUACGUCAAGCCGACCCUCUUCCUAAACCUCAAGAAAGACCUCUACAACACCAGCUUCUACUGGUACAAAUUCCUGGUGCCAAUUUUUCUCCUUUCCUUCGGCUUGCUCAUAAUAAAGUGUGUCUCCCUCUUUGGAAAAAUUGAAAACAUCGAAUUGGAUUAUUCUACCAUCUCGUCGAACCAUUUGAAGACAAGCACACUCAACUACUACAUUAUUUACACUUCGGAGUUGGUCCCUGAUGCGGGACGGAUAAGCGGCACAGAUAGCCAGUCCUCCUCUUCUGCUUCUUCCCCCCAGGUGGAGGUCACCUCCAGAGGAGCAAAUCACUGGCAGGGAAGGAAGUGGAAAAACAAAAAAGUCAAUCCAGUGAAGCAGAUAAGGAAUGCCUCCCCGCUUCGAAAUGGAAACAGCACCGACAACGACCUCCCCUUGGCAACAACCUCUUUUAACUACUACAACAGCACGAUAAGCUCCCUGUUGGAGAAGUACUGCAUAAACGAGAAGAUUAACUACAUCGACGAACUGAUAAAUGAAAACAAUAUGUAUGAACACGUUCAUAAUUAUCUUGAGAAGAGGUCAAUUCAGGAGAAAGACAUUUCUCUGGGCACCUAUAUAUUUCAGAUUAACGAGAAGCAGACCCAUCACGGAGAUACGGAUUACAGCACAGAUGUGGAAGUCAACGUGAACCUCUUUUUCAACUACACCUCUAUACACUCGUAUGCGUACUACACCAAUUCGGCGUUCAACGUUUUGGCAGAAUUUCAGAAGCGAAUGCAACGCUCGGAUGAGGCGAGGCGAAACGGGAUUGGAAGCGGCCACUCCAAAUGGGAAGACCAACAAAACGCGUUACCACCUCCAUCCCCAACCCCACCGCGGAAGAACCAAAUCGACGUGAUCAACGAGCCGUUCCCGAUCAAAUUCCACGAGUACUUCCUGCGAGACUUCUACAUCAACAUGUACGUCUUCCUCUCCAUCGUCAUCUUCUUCUGUGUCUUCUUUGAGAAGCUGCGUAACGAAGUAGACUACAGGAAGAUAUUCGAAAAAUUCUACGUACACAAAUAUGUGCAUUAUCUGCAGAUCCUCCUCCUCGAAUAUAUGUACUAUCUGAUUUAUAUCCUACUCCUCUUUUUGAUUCUCUACGUGUUUCAGUAUCGUGAGUUUGUUCUUCCAUCCUUUUUCCUAUUCCUCAUGCUCUACGGUUUUAAUACCUUCCUCUCCAUCUGUCUUUUCUCCUCUCUAUACCUCCAUAGUUAUAUCCUCUUUGUCUUCGUCAAUUUUAUCUUCUGUGGGAUUAUUAGCAUAGUCAUUUAUGUGCUAGUUAUCCUCUCCUAUGCCUACAACAACGAAAUGUUGAUGAAUCUGUCUCACAUCUUUGUUUGCAUUUUUCGUAUUCUCGAUUCCUUCUCUCUUUCCCAUGUGCUCAAUAUUAGAAGUUUGUGCUUAAAUAUGAAACGCCACAUGCAGCAGAUUCACGAAGAGCUAAUCAGGGACACCUCCGCGAGCUACUUCGAAGACAACACACAUGGGGGCCACUACCCAUACGGAAGCCAUCCAGAUAGAUUAUCCCCACCGGGGAAGGAACAGCCAUUCGGUGGAGUCCUAACAUCCGACGUGAUGAAAGGAUUCUGCAGUGACUCCAACUCGUUUUUUAACACCACGGGCGAUUUCCUCUUCCUCAUCGUUAACUGCGCGGUGUACCUGCUGGUGCUGUUCUAUAAGCUGUACCGCCUCAAGGGGGAAGGCGGCGGCGAGGCGGCAGGAGAAGCGAGGAGUGAAGCAGGAAGAGAAUCUACAAAUCGGUUGCCAAGUGGAGACCCAAUUGACAAGCCACGUGACCCCGACAGCAGCAUCGAUGAUCAAUCGAGUGACCGCUCCACGCAGAAGUAUGCCUUCGCAGUGAGACACUUCUACCUUACCAACAGCGAGUACAAGCGGGUCGAACGAACGGAGAAGAAAGGCCUCUUCAAGCUGCUGGCAUGCGCGAGCAGGAUAUUUAGAUUGCCCCAGAGAACCGUCGUCACGGACACGAAAAGGAAAUUCAAAGAGGAAAUGUCCGAGGCUGACACCAAAGCGGAAGAAGCAUCAAGGGGGGAGGGAUCAUCCGAUGGGGGAAGCCACACCAAGGGAAGCAACUCAGAGGGGAAGAAAUAUCCCCCCCAGGAACGCCCCCACGCAGGGUUUGAGGCAGACCAAAAGUACAUCCUCAAAGAUAUCAACGUCAAAAUGAAGCCCUACAAGAUAUACACCUUCUCCUCUAUAUUUAACAAUGACCUGAAUGUUCUCUACUUUUUUAAGUUCUUUUUCGCCAACGGGCAAGGGGGGAGAAAAAAACACAUCCAUGGGUACCCUACGGAUGGGCGGAAGGAUGACCAGACGAAUGACCAGACGGAUCACCAGACGGAUGACCUGACGGAUUCCCCCCGAGAAGCCUUCGCGGAGGUGAUGCAGACGGAAGACGAAAGCGACUACAAAAUUGUCCUCAUCCCAAGCAUGACGAUAUAUGAGCACGUGAAAGUCAUCUUAACGUAUAAGAACAUUUCUCUGACCAACUUCGACCUUAUGUAUGUUAUCCACCUUCUAAUGCUCACUGUGAAUCUGCGCUGCGACGUACACCUGAACUGCAACGAACUGAGUGGAGGAAUGAAGAAGAAGGUGGAGCUAAUGAUUAAUCUUCUUCGAGACGAUCGUAUCAUUUUCCUCUACAAGCUAAAUGACAACAUAGACUUCUGCUCGCAAAUUUAUAUAAACCUCAUUUUGAAGAAUGUACUGUUCGUGAACAAGCGGGGAGAUCGCGCAGGGGAGGACGAAAACAAGAUGGACUUCCUACUCGGGGGAGAGACGUUCCAAUGGGUCACUCGCCAUUCUACAGAAACAAACAGCAACGGGAGCGGCCAACUUCGCCUAGCCCUCACACAAGAAAAGCAACAGACGGAGGAGUGCCCCAUAUCGUCCAACAUCCAAAGUGUUAACGAAGGUAUAAUCAAUGCAUUUAUACAGGACCACAUAUUGAAGAUAAAAUUUGCCCCGACAAACUUUGCAAUAUACACACAUAUAUACACAGACAUCUUCUACUAUGAUUACCUUUACCUGUUUAAUCAAAACCAAAUUACGUAUGACAGCUGCACGAAGGACAUGAUGAGGAGCUUCCAGAAUCAUUACUCCUUUCAGGUCAAGCUGAAGCGGAUUAACCAUGCCAGGAUAAAUGAAUACAUACAGCUCUUUUUCUGUACGAAUAAGCGCGCCUGGGUUAGGUUUUGCAGAGUGAUGAAGGCGCUCGCGGAGCGUGGCAGCAUCCGCAGCGGCAAUCGUAUCACCAACCGUAGCAAUGACACUGACGAUCGCCAUGACGACGGCCGCAGCCCCCACGAUGACCGCUCUGAUCGUCUCCCCUCCGCCAUCUCCUUCGUCGAGCAGAACUCCAAAAGAAGUGUACUCAACCUGUACAACCUCCUCUGCAUUUUCAAAACAGUCAAGAGAAGCAAAGACAACCUCCUGCCCCACCGCAAAAAAGAGAAAGAAAAAAUAAAUAAAAAUAAGGAUAAAGAUAAAAAUAAGAAUAAAAAUAAGGAUAAAAAUAAGAGUAAAAAUAACCACCUCAGCGUCCCCAAAUUUCACAGAGUCCUUCUGAACCUCAUAAUAGACAAGUCCUCCUAUGUCAACCUUUACCUGAAUAGAAAUAAAUACAUCUCCCUUUUUCUUCUUUUUAAGUUUACCAUCUGUGAGCUAGCCUAUAAAAAUAUCCAACAAUUCAUGCAGAGAUGUAAAUCAGUGAAGAGGAUCUACUCCGAGAUGACUGCUUCAAAUCAGUUCGUUUUCAUUUUGAAGAUCCCCGACAACAGGCACUUCUUCCACCUGCUGGAAAUCAACCAACGGAUGAAAUUCGACCAUAGGGAGAUCCAAGUGGAGCAGGUGGACAUCAACAAUUUGAAUGCGAACGAUAUUUUCCUUCUCCUGUUUAAGAAGCUCCUCUGA